UCUGUUGGGGGCGGACGGCAGGAGCGCGAGCACCGGCGCACAGAACCCCUCUUCCUCUUCCCUGUGUCUUACAGCGUCGCGCUCCCAAUAAAGCUUGACUAUUGAAGUUGAAAGCGAGCAAGGGGAGACUGGGGUGCGGUGGUUCUGCGCCUGCGCACUGCAGCCGGCAGGUGGCGGGUGUUGUUGUUCGGCGGUAGAGGCGGCAAGAUGGCGGCGCCCGGGGGCUCCGCUGCCGCCUCAGUGUUGAAGGGGUUAAUCCAGCAAUUCACCGCCAUCACGGGUGCCACUGAAAGUGCAGGCAAGCAUAUGCUUGAAGCAUGCAACAAUAAUCUGGAAAUGGCUGUCACUAUGUUCCUUGAUGGUGGAGGGAUAGCAGAGGAGCCCAGCACUAGUUCUGCAAGUGUAUCAAACCUUCGACCACAUACAGAAGAUGAAGUAAGAGCACCUAUUCCUCAAAAACAGGAAAUUCUGGUAGAACCUGAGCCUUUAUUUGGUGCUCCAAAAAGACGCAGACCUGCUCGUUCAAUAUUUGAUGGUUUUCGGGAUUUCCAGACAGAAACAAUUCGGCAGGAACAAGAGUUGCGGAAUGGAGGAGCAAUAGACAAGAAACUCACCACCCUUGCAGAUCUCUUCAGGCCUCCAAUUGAUCUGAUGCAUAAAGGAAGUUUUGAAACGGCCAAGGAGUGUGGUCAGAUGCAGAACAAGUGGCUCAUGAUAAACAUACAGAAUGUGCAAGAUUUUGCCUGUCAGUGUCUCAACCGUGACGUUUGGAGCAACGAGGCUGUGAAAAACCUUAUCAGAGAGCACUUCAUUUUCUGGCAGGUGUACCACGACAGUGAGGAAGGACAACGAUACAUACAGUUCUACAAACUAGCAGACUUCCCUUAUGUGUCUAUCCUGGACCCUAGGACAGGACAGAAGCUAGUCGAAUGGCACCAGCUAGAUGUAACUUCUUUUUUGGACCAAGUGACUGGGUUCCUAGGUGAGCAUGGACAACUGGAUGGACAUUCCACUAGCCCUCCCCAGAAGCGUUCUCGUUCUGAGAGUCUCAUUGAUGCAAGUGAAGAUAGCCAGUUGGAAGCUGCCAUCAGAGCAUCUUUACAGGAGACACAUUUUGACUCUGACCAAGUCAAGCAAGAAAGCAGAUCAGAUGAAGAGUCUGAAUCGGAGCUUUUCUCUGGAAGUGAGGAAUUUAUUUCUGUUUGUGGUUCUGAUGAUGAUGAGCCAGAGAAUCCUGCCAAGUCUAGGAAAUCUCCACAUAAGGAUUUGGGCUGUAGGAAAGAGGAAGGCAAAAGGCCUCAACCUGAGCCCACAGCAAGGACUGAACCAGAGGUGGUAACAAACCACCGAGGACUAUCUUGCAUGGAUUCUGGGGUACUAGAGGAGAUUGGGGCUAAGCCAGAAGCAGCAGUGAAGGAACUUAAUGUGAACGGACCAAAGGCACAGCUAAUGCUAAGGUAUCCAGAUGGGAAGAGGGAACAAAUUUCACUGCCCGAACAAGCUAAGCUUCUGGCUCUCAUCAAACAUGUACAGUUGAAAGGAUACCCCAAUGAACGUUUUGAACUCCUCACCAACUUUCCUCGAAGGAAACUUUCCCAUCUGGACUAUGACAUCACAUUACAGGAGGCUGGUCUUUGUCCUCAAGAGACUGUCUUCGUGCAGGAAAGGAAUUAGUACUCCCAGCCUUGCCCACCCAUGUUAGCUUUGCCUACAAAAUUAACUCACCAGUGUGCAGUUGGCUCUCUGGGAUUACAGAGCUGAAAUCAGGCAGCAGUUUGCUGGCUUCUCUUUUCUCUCCCUCCUUUCAUGCUACUCUUAGCAAAUGAACCAUGUGGAAACAACAGGAUAGGUUUGCUUGGCUUUGAUGCUGGAGGAAGGCAUGUUUGCUAUAUCAAAAUCAGAAGCACUGUCUGUAUAUAUCAAGCAUGCUGGGGGCAUUGAACAGCCAGAAUAAGGAAAGUUUCUCAUUCCCCUCAGAAAAAAAACUAUUUCUAAUAUAUUUUAUUUUUCAACCGGUCAUAUGACCAAAUAUUGUGGGUUUCUUUAGGAGGCCAUUUCAGCAUGUGCUAGCUGCAUUGAAAAAGCUUUUUGUUCCCCCUGCCAUGUGCAGGAUUUGGUUUUCAGCAUGCAACGACAAACAGGCUUGUUUUUUCUGGGGUACCAACAUAUGCUGAAAGCCAAAUACUGCAUGUGGUGGCAAGUGCACACAACUGACUCGCCACAGGUUGGCAUGUACACAGGCUUUCAACACAGUUAGCACAUGCCCAGAUGCUUGUGUCAAAAGUCUUGUCCACAUGUGGAGAAAAAAAUGGAAACAGCUGAAGAUCCAUUGCCCAUUGUAGCCCUUUGGGAAUCAGCACAAGCACAGUUCCCAGAAAGUUGCAAAAUGAACCACCUUAGAACAUAGGUUUGAGGUUAUUUGUAUGUGUUCCUUUUGUUGCAGAUGGGAUGAGUUGCUUUAAAAGAAGGUGAUGUAGUCAUUAGGUCUAGUAUAAUCUAACCAUUGUGCUCCUAACCCUCUGUGCUUGGUCUGUAGCUUCAGGACUUCUUCUUUCCUUGUCACAAUUAAAAUGGGGGGGAAUGAGGGAUUGAUUCUCAUCUUCCGUCAGGAUUUUACCAUCAGUGGAAUAUGGCAAGGUACUGACCAUGAAUGUAAAACUUAUUAAAACCUCUUCUGUCAUAACUCAAAAGCUGUUUUCAUUAACUGUACCUUUCUGGAAUUCUGUCAACACUGGGCUUCAGUGUAUUUGUACAGGUAUUCGGCUCUAAUGAAAGCCUUUCUCUUGUGCUCUUCUGUUAAUUUAAAAACGCUUAGUUAAAUUAAGAUGCUAACAACAUAAAAUAAGAUAGUUUCAAGCAGUAAUAUUGGUGUUCUUGAAACUCAAGUUGUUCAGACAGCUACUUACCACUGUUUGUUGUAAUUGUCCAUUUAAUUACGGUAGGUAUGGUAUGGCUUCCUCGGCUUGGUAAAACUUGCUGUAAUUGAACCCCAGUUCAAAAGAUUGUUAUAUUGUUGCCACACACUUGAUAGAGCCACAUGUAUGUGGUCCCACAAAGAUCAUUCUUGCAGAUUAAAAAUGGUUAUACUACAUUGUACAGUGGAAAAUAUUAACCCCUUGCUUCUCUAAGGUGUUGGUGGAUAUUUGACAACAAAAGCCAUAAUUGACUGUAGGUUAAGAACCACACUGUUGGCAGUGUGUAAGUUGACAAAUAAAGUACGUUAACGGAAUCAUACUUGAGUGCUGGUUAAGAAAUCUAGCUUUUGACAAAGCCCUGAAACUUCUUUUAAAAAAAACACCAGUGCCAGCAUACAUUUGAUUUGCAUAGUUAAUGAUAUUAGCGAAUGAUGAAAGGCAACAUUACCUGUUAAAAACUAAAAGUGUAAAGUCAAAUAAUUGCCUGGUUAGUUACUAGUUUGUGAAGCUGAGACUCACACACUCACCCCAUAUAUUUGUAAGGUGCUUCUUGCUCUGAGGAGAAGAUGCUGAUUGCACUCUACUGCUUUGGUUAGAUUGCAAAGUGCAAUUAUGGAAAGAGAACUGAAUCCAUUGGUUGCUUACAAAGGGCUGCCUGCAGAAUGAACAAUUACUUUAGCUCUGAGGAAUAGCAAGUGCCAGAUACGUAUUUUGAAGCAUGAUUUUUAACUGUCAGUGUGUUUUUAAGAGUCUCUGGGUGUCAUACUCGUAAUAGGUCCAAUGAGUUGUAUCUAAUGUUAGAGUAGACCCAUUGACAUUAAUAGAUGUGACUAACUUAGGUUCAUUAAUUUCAAUGAGUCUACUCUGAGUAUGACUUGGUUGGAUACAAUUCUCCCAAGUUGUAAUAGCAUUACUUUCUCCUCACCCCCCUCCCGUCCCAUAGUCCACACCAACUUAUUUAUUCCCCAACUAAACUUUUUAGGCAUUGGUUAGUGCGAGCCUUUCACUUCUUAAUGACCAUAAUUGUUGCAUUCAUUCUAAAUACACCAAGAAUAAGGAGCCUAUGUGCAUUUCCCACUGUCUCUUUUCACCAGCAGUGCACGUAGGUUGGCCCUUUCCUCAGAAUAUUUAAUUUAAAGCUGGCUUGUAUCCAGUGGUGGCUUUGCUUUAGCAAAAGUGCUUGUGGAAGAUGGGGUACCUGGUUUUCACUGAUGGCCCCUACCCUUCUAAGUCUCCCCAGAUGCUGCUUAUGGGGUUGGGGAAGCCUCUAGAACAGAAUGGGGCCUGCAGUAUGUAAAAGGAUUGAUGAAAACUGGGUAGCCAGACGAGCUAGAAGAAGCACUAUCUGCUAAGCCAUUGAUUACAAUCCACUGUUUUUAGAUGGCUUUUACAAAAUGCUUUGAAAUGGGUUAGGUAAGUGUCCUUUGGUUUUAGUCAUUGUUAGUCAUUAAGAUAGGCAUCUUUUGGCAGUUUACUUCUUAUGCAGCAUCUUUCAAAGUAAACAAGUGACUUGCAUGGUUUCUGAAUGAUCAAUCCUACUGAAUGGAUUGCAAGAUCUAGGGAUCAGACAAUUUGUGCAAACUCACUGCUUUUUCCACAUAUCAAGUUCUAAAGAGAGACUGAGAAUGGGGCACGGGGGUGGAGAGAUUGAGUUUCUGAGGCACCAUUUAGGCAACUUAUUGAUGGUUUAAAAUGCCUUUUCUAAGUACUAGGUAUUUCAGAUGAAUUGGUUUUUAAUCUUUCCUAUGUUUUACUGUAUCCUUAAAGCAGUUCAGAAGCUUAAUAGGCAUGUGAUACAGAAUUGUUCUAAGAUAUGCAAUGUAUUGGGGUGAGAAGGUCUUGACACCAGUGUUCCUGUAAAAAGUGCCUUGAGAGCAGAAAAGCAGCCUAUAAAUAAAAAGGCGUACCAAUUUGAAACUUUAAACCAUACUGUUCUUAAUAGUGUGCUCUUACAGGCCUUGUAUUUCAGCAUGUACUUUUCAAGAAGAUAUUUGGACUCAAAUUGUUUAACAUGUGCUGUACAUUUGAACCUAGUUUUUGAUUACCUCCAGGUGCCUGCAGAUUUAUUCACAAGGUAAUCCUCACUGUGUUAACCUGAAUAGCUUUUCCAAUGUUGCAAUGUUAGCAAGACUGUGCUUUAGUUCAUUUCAGGGCCCUAGGUUCGUAUUCAGUUCCUUUGGUGGAUUUGCUUUGCUAUGGAAGCUUAUGAUGAAGAAGCAAAGGUCUAUGUAGGAGGCUUUUGAUACCCUUUUCUCUUCCCCCCCACCCCCACCCACUGCAACACAAUCAAAUCAUUCCUGAAACCUGAAUCUUAGAGAGAUGUCUUUGAUGCAACACAGGUAAGGAAGGAUUAUGAAGCUAGUUUUUAAUGGCAAGCAUAGCACCUGGAAAUGUUCCAAAAUGUAUAUAGAUGUACUGUAAUAUAGAUUAACUGUAAUAACGCUAUAGGAAAUAUACUGAAAGGCAAAUUACAAAAAGAAUUCUGAAAUUAAAAAUAGUAUGACAGGUUAUAGGGUGGGGGGUUUGAGGUGUUAAAUUACAAACUAUUUAAGAUGGGAGCAUAUGGUUUGGAUACUGUUAUAAUCAAAGUUAUGGUACCCUUCAAGACAUUUGGUUGACUUUUUAAUGUUGGGUUGCAAUCUUAAAACUUUAUAGCUUAAGCUAUGUAAAACUGAUCUGCUACAUUUUCAGUAGAAGCCGUUUCCUUUGUAAUUAUGAGAAUUCUUGUAAUUAUGAGAAUUCUAAGAUGGGUGGGAAGAAGAGAAGAUUUCAGCUUGCUGUGAUGGGAAGGACCAAACUCAAGGCAACCUCUGAUAUACAUAUAUAUAAAUAUAUGUGUAUAUAUAUACAAUUGCUGCAUUUUUAUAAAUAUGUGUAAAUGCCCUUCCUACUGUAAUAUUUUGAUCCUGGAAAUAAAGCAGACCUUUUCACUAAUUCUUAGCCUGUUGAUUUUUAGAAGGGAAUAAGUUCUCCUGGGAUACAAAAGAAAAAAAUUGUGUUUUCUGUGAAGGCAAAAUUUCAGAGACAAGGACCUAACUGUGUGUGUCUGCCUGCCGACUUUCUAGUAAAUAAAUAUGUGAUGUGAUCAUGUGACAUAACUGUUUCCCCACGACUUGCAAGUGGCCGGCAGUGAUUCUGAGCAGGGAUGGGGAAAAUAGUGAACAUUACCAGGGGUUACAGUUUAAGUGGCAGCCACGCCUAUAGUUAAACUCUUGGCUGUGAACUAAAAUUUAAAAAUAGUGGUGGUGAGUCCACAUGAGCAUUGUUUUUCAAAAGAUGUCCUGUUUUUUGUGUUUUUUUAAUUGGCUCCUAAAGGUGGGCGUAUGCUAUAUCAAAUAAUUAUUUCAAUAUGAUUAUUGCCUCUACCCCCAUUUCUUUUAGGUAUGACUUCUUUUAUAUCAAAGAUUAAUGCACUGUGCAUUAGAAAGUGGAGGAUUUAUAGAAGCAACCAUUCUGACAACAGAUGUCCAAUGUUCACAUUUAGUUACUGUAUGGGAAAUUCAUCCGGCAGACAAAACAUAUUGAGGAGUUAGUGAUCUGACAUGGAGCCCUUCCUGCCUCUGUUCCUUUUCCCCAGUCCCUUGCUCUUGUUAAGUUUUUUGAUGAUGUGAGAACAGUCUUAGAUGUCUUGAGAACAUUGGGAGGAGGUGCAGCCCCCCCCCCCAGCUGCCUCAUCAGUUGUGGAUGAUAAUGCUGGGUACCUUCUUUGAUGUUGGACAUUGUUUUGAGAAAGUGAGGCAUUGGGAGGGGGUGGCUAUAAAAUCAGUUUGGGCAGAGUUUCUUUGAAGCUUGUGCACGGACUGAUGGGCUACAGAUCCAUGCAAACUGAAGCUAUCUGGGGGAGUCCUUUCACCGCUUCUUGAGGGCUUCCAAGUGGCAGAUUGAAGUGCUUGCUUGGUAUGUAUACAUUGCUUGCUGUUUUAGAAUAAAAUAUUUAAUCUCACCCAUUUGUGUGUUUUGUAUUGCUUCUGUAUCUCAUUUUAAAAGAACCACCUUGCCUUUGGGAAGACAGGUAAAGGUAAAGGGACCCCUGACCAUUAGGUCCACUCGCGGACAACUCUGGGGUUGCGGCGUUCAUCUCGCUUUAUUGGCCGAGGGAGCCGGCGUACAGCUUCCAGGUCAUGUGGCCAGCAUGACUAAGCCGCUUCUGGCGAACUAGAGCAGCGUAUGGAAACGCCGUUUACCUUCCCACCAGAGCAGUACCUAUUUAUCUACUUGCACUUCGUGCUUUCGAACUGCUAGGUUGGCAGGAGCAGGGACCGAGCAACGGGAGCUCACCCCAUCACGGGGAUUCGAACUGCCGACCUCCUGAUUGGCAAGUCCUAGGCUCUGUGGUUUAACCCACAGCACCACCCGCAUCCUUGGCAAGACAGUUACCUAGGUUAAAAGGUGUGUGCAAAAAUUAUAGACAUGUAUAGUGGGGUUGAGAGGAAGGAGACACCGCUCAGUGCUGCUGUUAGAAGCUGGCAGAGCCUCCCCUGCCUGUUCUCAGCUCCCUUAGACUGAGUCAAAUCAUUAGUCCUAGCUUGGUAUUGCCUAUAUUGUUGGGCAAUGACUAUCAAUGAUUUAUAGACAAGGGUCAUUUCUAAUCCUGCUUGGAACCUUAUGCAUGCAAAACAUGCUUGGCCAUUAACCUGUGGACAUAUGUACCAUUUGUUAAGGAACGAAGGGUUGUCAUCAACUAUUGUUUCCACAGAGUAGACCCAUUUCAAUUAAUGAUCAUCAUCAACUUAGGUUCAUUAAUUUCAUUGUGUCUACUCUGAAGAAGCACUAGUUGAAAACAACCCUAAAUGUUUAAAAGACAUGCUAUAAAACAUUUGCCUCAUUUAACAGAUGGGGAACCUGAGAUUGUGACUAAUUGUAAAACAUCUGGAAAUCUGCAGAUAUUGUGUAAUAAGGGUCAAAAUUGUACCUAUAUUAAAGAGGAGCAAAUGUUUCCUCUUCAAUGUGCCAUGUGUGUGUGAGAAUGUUAUAUUUUACAAAGCAAUAGAGUGCAGAAGUGGAGACUGGGGCGACUCACUUCCUCAGUCAUCGUGGUUCAAAGAGUUAAAGUUGCCUGACCGUAUUUUCCACAGUCAUGUAAACCUGUACAUUUGCUAACAAGAUUGCAAGAGUCACACUGGGAAAGAACAUGAAAACUGCAAGUUAUGCUGAUAUAAGGGAGGCAUGAUUGUGGCUGUUGGAUGGACAAUUCUUACCCAACUUGCAAGAUUUAUUUUUUAAAGCUGACAAAUUUGGAGUGGGAGGAGAACUAGGACACACCCACUCUCUUUAGGCAGCAGUUCAGUUGCUCAAUAGUAAUUAUUACGUGUGAUGCAAGGUGUACUGCUAAUAUAGGAGUGCUUAAAUUAACAAAUGGAGAAAAAAAUUGAAAGAUAAGGAUGGCCAAACUACUUCAGGGGAGUGGAAGGCAGUACUCAUCUUCUCUAGACUAUAUCACUAUCACAAAUACAUCCAGGUAAUAUCAGCCCAGCAAACAUACAGAACAUCAUGCACUAAUUCCACUCCCACCCACCCAUGGCAAUUUGAAAUCCCCACCUAUUGUUUAUUUAAGCAUUUCUCACUGUAGUGACUCUUCCACUGUUGGAAUCGAUGCCCUGUCCUUUUUUCAAAAAAAGGAUUUUCCCUGAGCAAGGCUCUUUCCCUUACUAGACCCCAACUCCAAUUAACCCCAGCCAAUACAGUUACUGGUCAGGAAUGAUGGGAGUUGGAGCCCAGCAACAUUUAGAGGACUAUACAUGUGCCUUUAAUGGUCUAGAAAGACCCAAAGGAAGGUCUGCAGUGCAUACAUGCCCUCUGUGGAUGCUGUGGCAAUUUUUGUAGAGAAGUGCAAGUCCAGGAUAAAGCAUGAGAAUGAAACUGGUCAUGGACAAGCCUCCAUCUCCGGCAGCAUGAUGUGUGGUUGGUUCCUCCUUAGUCUGGAGUAUUGGCGUUAAUAAGGAGGGGCUCCUGGACCAACAUAUGACAAUGUGCUGCAAUCAACCAGCUGUCAAAAGGACUGAGCUUGGCUCUUUGAAGGUAUCUGAAUUUUCCCCCUGAAGCUUGAGAAUCCUCACAACAGCCGGGAAAGGAAGGGGGAGGACAAGGUGCUUUGUGCUUUCAUACAGUUUUCAAAUGGUCUUUUUUCUUCUUGUCCUCCCCUGUAAAAUGAAAGAGAUGUCUGCAGCCACAGCUAUGUUAUUCUGUCUGUUACCAUGGAAAUGAGAGGGUGGGAGUCUUGAUUUAUGCUCAACAAGGAAUUUAACAAGGUUUUAUUAUGCCCUCCCCCCUUGACCUAGGUUGAAUGGACUUUAUUUAAAAUCAUCUUUGGAUUGGACCAGGAGUGUGAAGGAGCAAUGCAGAGCAAGAUGAAUGAGCGGCUGCCGAAUAGAGGCCGAAUUUGAGAAAAGAUUUUGUUUUUAACUGUGUGCUGAGGAAGAACUGCAGAGUGGAAUUUUAAUGGCAGAAACUGGACAUGUACUCUGUGAGUUAUUUAUGGCUGCAGCUCGUACGCUAGUCGGUAAACAGCGGAAGGAAUGGAAUGUGACUUUGUCCCAUUCAGAUAAACACUGCAAAGAACUGAACAAGGGAAGAUCGUAAUUAAUUCUCCCAGCACACCAGGUCUGAAACAACAACGUAUAUGAAUGACUACACACGUGAAAUAGAUUUUAUAUUUAUAAGAGGUAAGAGAGGCACUGUUUGUAAGGCAUAGCUGCCAAGUCUCUCAUUUUUCGCAGGAAACCCCCGUAUUUUAAACCGUUUCCUGCUGGCAGCCCGGAUUGGAAAAAAUCCCGUAAAUCCCCCGGAUUUCCUACCAGCCAGGGAGGCUCCA